AUGGAACAAAUUUUUAUGAUAGAAGUAUUUGUGAAAAAGAUAAUUCUAAAAGUCGAACCACCCCAAAAGGAUGAGUACGAACUCAGAAUGGAAGCUGAAGAAAGGAAAAGAGAGGCAGAAGCUCUAGCAGCAGCAGAGGCGGCAAAGAAAGGUAAGAAAGGUGCAAAACCACCAAAACCGAAAAAGGGCAAAAAAGGAAAGGAACCUCCGAUGCCUUCAGAAGAAGAAAUGAAAUUCAUGCAAACAUGCACGAUGCAAAUGAAUUGCUUACCGCUGUUUGACUUCUAUGUCGCACAUGACAAUUUCAUUGCCCCUCCUCCACCGCCUCCUCCUGGGAAAGGAGGAAAAGCGAAAAAACCACCCAAACCUAAAAAAGGCAAGAAAGGAAAGGCAGCUCCAGUCAAAAUAGUACUACCUUCAGAGCCAUUGCCGCAACCUCCGUACUUUGGAGUUGGAAAUUCGGUAAUGUUCUUAUCUCGACCGUCAAAAUUAGAGGAACAGUUGCGAAAAACACCAAUUUAUAUUACCGUAUGGAACCGUGACCAAGAAUUUAAUUGUGUUGGUUUCUGCGUAGUGGAGUGGCAUGAGACCUUUUUCGAAUGUCUCCAAAAGAUUGCCGAUAUGAACCCAGUUGAUAUGGACCAAGCGGAAUUUAGGAGUACUGUCAAACCUAGCAUGGCCACAAAUACAGUGGAAUUAAUAAGACCGAUACAAUGCGAGGAGGACCUAAAACCAUCGGGAGAAAUCGAGUUCUUCUUACGCCUCACUUGUAUGGGAAACCGACUUGUUACAUACUUCGUUGCUUUACCAGAAAUGGAAAGGUUGCCCGGUCGAAAAUACUUAACGGAUGACCUCAAAUUAAAAGAUGUCGAGGUUGUUAGGCAUUGGGAGGGUACCACAAUUGAUGCUGUACCUCCGGUCGCAUAUUUCUUCGGCGCUCCUGAUAUUAGUAAGGAGCCCAUCCGACCAGUUGAGGAACCUGUUUUGUUUGAAGACUUUGUAGCACCUUUCACCGCAAGUGAACUGGCAAUACUUGCUAUGGGCUUUCCUAAAGGACCUUGCGGUGGUACUAAUUGCCCAAAACGAAUGGAGUACAGAGGUAGCCAACAUCAGUUCAUCCAUGGGGAAAAAGUCAAAGGGAAACCAUAUAAGCCUGGUCAAUUUGUCAACAAACGAGAUGUUCACGGGCCAUGCGGUAGACUAGACUGUCCUUUGGCGAAAAAAGUGCGCGCGUACCUUUGCUCUGACGGCAGUUACAAGCCUUGCAAGAAACCAUGCUGCACAGAUUAUUAUUAA